CACCAGGCAGCCCCCGCCAGGCCGGGGGCAGCGCCGGGCCCUUCGCAACACUGAGGGGCUGGAGCGUGUCCAGGGAAGGGAACGGAGCUGGGAAGGGGCUGGAGCACCAGGAGCGGCUGAGGGAGCUGGAAAGGGACUCAGCCUGGAGAAAAGGAGGCUCAGGGGGGACCUUGUGGUUCUGCACAACUCCUGACAGGAGGGGACAGCCGGGGGCGGUCGGGCUCUGCUCCCAGGGAACAGGGACAGGACAAGGGGAAAUGGCUUUAAGUUGUGCCAGGAGAGGUUUAAUUUGUACAUAGAUGGGAUAGAUGGGGAAAUUUCUUCAGGCAGUGCAUGCUCAGGCACUGUCCCAGGCUGCCUGCGGCAGUGGUGGAAUGCCAGCCCUGGAAGUAUUCAAAAAGCCAUGUGCAUGUGGCACUUGAAGGCAUGGUUUAGUGGUGAUGGUGCUGGGGAAUGGUGGUCUUAGAGGGGCUUUUCCAACCUUUACAAUUUCAUGGUUCUAUGAUUCUUAGAUCCUGGCCCUCACCCCCCUGCAAGGAUUGUGGGGAUGCUCAGGUGUGGGGUCUGCUAUGGGAUCAGUCCCCCUUAGCACCCUGUGGCCACAGGAAAGCCUCUGGGGUGAAACUGUGGCCACAUCCCACCAUUCACCUUUGCUUUCCUAACAAAAGUUCUGGAAUUAAUCAGCCCUGGCGUCCUGUAUUCAUUUGUUGGUUGCAUUAACACAUUUUAGAUGGUGUUUAUUUUGUUUGUUUUGGUGAUCAGAGAUCAUUGCAUUGGUGCUCUCAGGGAAAGGUGGAUGUUUUCAGAAAAAAUAGGUGGAUCUCAGAGAUUUUAAGCACUUGAUGAACAGGGAGUGCAUGGGCAUUGGUAAGAUUUUUCUGUUAAAAUUAGCAGCAGUAAAGCAGUUGACUGUGAUGACAUUUGAUAUUUCAGUCUGUUGAAAUGAAUGAGGUGGAUGCAUGACAAGUCGUGAAUUUGGGAAUAUGAGAACAUUAACAUAACAAUAGUUGAUCAGCAAGGUUUUCAACUAUCAAGAUAUUUUGUACAGCUUGAAAAUCAUAUCAGAAUCUUCUCUGCCAUGUCUCAAGCAGCCAAAGGGCAGAUUGUUUGACCUGAGCUAUAGCCAGAGGAGGUGCAUGCAUAAAACUAUGUUAAUUUUAAAAGUUGGGGAAGAUGUAAGAGGAGGAAUUCACAAACUAGAGAAGAUAAGGAUGACAAGUGUUUCUGCUCCAUGAGAAGUUUUCUCAGAGGAUUGUGGCUAUCUUUAAAGACAAUCUCAGUGAAAAAUAAGUGUGUGUUUGAAGAGUCAGUCAACAAUUCCUUUCUGAAAUGUCCAGUGGAUGGACAGACCUUUAAGGACAGGCGUGCAUAAACACCGAGAGUCUCUUGUAGCAAUACUCACUACAACUCUCCCUUUUUCGAUGGGAAAAACAUCAUGGGGCUGUCUUUGAUAUUUUUCCUUGGACUGAAUAUUCCCUUUUACUUCAAAACUGCAAAGUAUAUCCCAAGACUUCCCUCUCCUGAGGGAUUUUGUUGGCAGUGUGGUGCCGGAAGCACAGUGUUUGCAGGUCCUGAACACACCCAGCACUGGCUCUCACUGCUCCAGAGAUCCUCCAACCCCCAGCAAGAUCUGGAGGCCACAGAGGGACUUCAUUUCUCCCUCUUUGACCCGAGGGAUAACCUCAGAGACCUGGAGUCUGUGAGGAAGCAGGAUCUCAGAAGAAUCAUAGAUCGUAGGAUGGUUUGACAUGGAAAGGACCUUACAGACCAUCUCCUUCCACCCCCUGCCAUGGGCAGGGACACCUUCCACUGUCCAAGGUUGCUCCAAGCCCCAUCCAACCUUGCCUUGGACACUUCCAGAGAUGAGGUGUCCACAACUCCCUAGAUUACCCUACUGCGAGGGUAAUCACUCCCUAUAACUGCUCCUCCAUCCCUCUGUGCUGUAGGAAAUUCUCAGGUGCUGAGCUUUACUGGCUCAGCUGUCCUCUCCUAAGGGAGAAGAGGCCACCAGGCCCUUCCUGCUGGGCAUCCUCUCUCCACGCUGUAAAUACCCUCUGUGUUCCCUUUCCAACUGACUGGUCCCUUGCAGAGGAGCAGCCUCGGGGGCCUGCUAAGUUCCACAUCCCUAACACAGCACUGAAGGACAGGAAAGGACAGCGGGCGCCGGAUGCUGCCUGUUCUGCACCAGCACCCUCCUUACUGCAAUUAUAUUCCUGUUAGAAACCUCCACCUUAUUUAAAGAGACACUGUCAACUGCCUCAAAGCUCCUUUCUGGAAAAGUCUCCCAAGGCCACUGAGAUGUGUUUUUAAUGAUGACGAGAAAAGCACAAAAGAUAAAGAGCACUAUAAAGUAGAGGUGCUUCUCAUUUUUUAGGCUGUUGAAUCUAAUGAAUUAAAACUACUUAAAUUAGUCACUGUAGUCCCUUCUGACAAAAUUAUCGUCUCAGUUUCCAGAUGAGAGGAGUGAAGCAGGAGGAGCUGAGUGAUGGGAUCAAGGUUGUUCUGAGUUUGCUGCAGAGGUCUGGGUUGUAAGGUGGUAAAGGAGACUGGGUAGCAUGAACUGGGUAGCAGUGUUUGGUUGUUGGUAGCAGCAGGAAAUAAUCCCAGAGGCACCAUGGUGAGCUAUGAUGUAGUCCCUUCUCUAGGAGGUGCUCCAGCACGUCCUGUGUGGGAUCCAUUCUGGGUGAAUGCCAGAUCUUGGCUGGUCCGACGGGCUGUGCUUAUCUGUGUACCAUCAUCAAAGACCUUUCCAGGACUGGGAGAAGGGCUUUACUGGGAAACUCCAGGCUUCCCUGGAGUUCCCUUCAAACUCUGCAGAUCAUCAGGAACCUCCUGAAUGUGUAUGUCCCUGCAGGGUCACUGCCAUGGUACUGAAGGUGUUCUUUCCAUCAUGCUGCUCCUCAGCAGACAGCGGCAUUUUGAUCGGCCGCUGGAUCUCUGAGCAGAACUCUGUUGUCAUCCUUGCUGUGGUGCACUUCCCCUUCAUCCCUGUGCAGGUGAAGCAGUACCUUGGGGAAGUUCAGCGUGUGACUAAAGUCAGUGUUUCUGUGCUUGGCUCGUGGAGCAAUAGCAAACAGGAGAAAGAAGAGAGUCUCAGUGAGUUCUUGGAAGACCUUGGGACCAUAUUCUGCCAUGAGCCAUGGAUCCAGAUAAGCAAAGAGGGGGACAGCAAAUUCUGGAGCUGUUCUAUUCUUCAGAAACACUCUAAGAACCCUCAGGAGGAAGAAAUCAUCUUGGUGUACUAUGACCAGCGCAAGGUCAUGCUUUCCCAUCUGCACCCCCCUUUGGAUACAGCUGGCCAGAGGGCAGAGGAUGCCUCAAAGCUCUCGGCCAUCUUUGGCACAGUGGCCAGGAGCCAGGUCCUGUUCAUGACAGACAGGUACAACGAGGGGCCCAUCAAGCUGACCCACUGGCAGUCGGAUGGGGUGGAGGCCAGUAUCAUUGUGGAGCUGCUGAAGCAGGCCUCUGUGCCUGCCUGCAUGCUGCUGACAUUCCUGCUCUCACUGCUCUCUGGGAUCUGCAGGAGCAGGGUGCUGAAGUUUUGGCCUUUGUCUUUCUUGUGGAGCAAACUCUCAACCUGUGAGCAGCUGGGACAUCGCCUGCAGCACCUCCAGGUCAUCAGCAGCAGCAAGAAGGCUCAAAACCAAAAUCAGUUGAUGAGGAAAGCCAACAUCUUUGUGUCUCUGCUGAUUGAUGUGGUCCUGGGGAUACUGCUGAUGUCGUGGCUGUACAGGAAGAACCGCAUUGGUCACCUUGCUGACACCCUCGUCCCUGUGGCUGACCACGUGGCUGAAGAGCUGCAGGACCUGCUCCAGUGGCUGAUGGGAGCACCAGCUGGACUGAAAAUGAACCGAGCCUUGGAUCAAGUCUUGGGCCGCUUCUUCCUUUAUCACAUCCAUCUUUGGAUCAGCUACAUCCACCUGUUGUCCCCCUUCAUUGAGAUGAUCCUGUGGUACGUGGGCCUGUCGGCCUGCCUGGGCCUGACCGUGGCUCUCUGCAUCCUCUCCGACAUCAUCGCUCUCCUGACCUUCCACAUCUACUGCUUCUAUGUCUACGGGGCCAGGCUCUACUGCCUGAAGAUCUAUGGCCUGUCCUCUCUGUGGCGCCUGUUCCGGGGCAAGAAGUGGAAUGUGCUGCGGCAGCGAGUGGAUUCCUGCUCCUAUGACCUGGACCAGUUGUUUAUUGGCACUUUGCUGUUCACAAUCCUGCUGUUCCUUCUGCCUACAACUGCGCUGUAUUAUUUGGUGUUUACCCUGCUCCGGUUGCUGGUGGUGAUUGUGCAGGGCCUCAUACACUUGCUGGUGGACCUGAUUGACUCCCUGCCUCUUUAUUCCCUCAUCCUUCGCCUCUGCAGAUCCUACAGGCUCGCAGCUGGAGUGAAAUUCAGAGUCCUUGAGCAGCAGGAUGGAAAACCUCUGCGUCUCCUUAUGCAGAUCAACCCCCUCUCCUACAGAGGUGUGGUCCAGACCUACAGACUACCCACCUACAGCUGCUAUCCCAGGGACUCCUGGGCAUCUCUCUGCAAGAAACUGUUCCUUGGAGAGCUCAUCUACCCUUGGAAACACAAAGGAGACAAGCAGAACUAAAGACAAUGGAAGAACUUGGGAACUUGACCUGAAAAACUUACUAACUCCUAAUGCUUUGGGACCAAAGGCUGCUCAGAGCCAGCUACUGUUCCAUCCCUUAAAAGAGAUUUUGGUAACAUAGGAAGGGCUGAUUUUUAAAGGCAAGUAUUUUUAAACAUUAUUUUUCAGCUUUCUUUUCCCCUACACUGUGUUUGUAUAUUAUGCUAAUGAUUAUUUUGGAAGCAAAAGGUUAAACCCAUCAGUGCCUCAUGAAACCAGCACUCAGUCUUGUGGAGGGAGCAGCUCCCAAAUGGUCUGGGGAUGAAUUUCUUCUUCCAUGUCAGUUCACAGGGCCAUAGCAAAUCAGCCCCUCAGGUGGUUCAGAGCCACAAUGCUGUGGUGCCUUCAGCCAGAGCAUGUUUUGGACCUUUUAUACUUCAGCCCUCAAGCCAGCUGAUCAAAACCAUGUGGAGAAUCAGCUUGUGGAGUCCUACUCUGAAAAUUGAACAGCUGAGUGUCUGAGUUCAUGGGAUAUUUAUUAAUUUCUUUUGAGGAGGGCUUGCACUCACCCUCACUGCAGCACCAGAGGUGUGGGAAGAGCGAGGCUGGAGGCCCAGAAGCACAGACUGUUUUAUCAUGAUUCUGUGAUUUCUCUUGGGAGAGUAGUUGCUUUGGAUACAUUUCCAAAGUGCAUGAGUGCUUGGCUUUCCAUGUUCUGGUCUCAUUUUGAGGUGUCUCCUAUUCUCUCUCUUGGAAAGGGUGCCUGUGCACUGGAGGAUGUUCCACUGGGCAUGCCGUGGUUGUGUCAAAUUUAAAUACAGUCCUUACCCAAAAUACACUUCCUCCAGCUCUGCUCAUUCCUCUGCCCCAGCUCAAACAAGGAGUCAGUGUCACUGUACCCUGCUUUUUGCACAGGUGAGGGCUCUGCUGAAUCCUGCCCCUUUUCCCCUGGAUGGCCAAGGAGCCAAGGAUGGAGGAGGAAGAAGAGAAGGUGCAGUGGCUGCAGUGCCCAGCCCUUCUCUGGAUGGCUGCCUCUGUACUCCAGUGGGCGUUGACAGGGCAAGGUGCUUUAGGAGCCUUCAGUCAGCACUCCCAGCAAGAGGGUCAGAGUUUCCUACCCCAGCCCUGUGUCUCAUCCAUGUGCUGGCAGCUGUCGUCACAGUGUUAUGCCCCCCCCCCCCCCCCCGCUUUAGGACAUCCCUGGCCAGAUGUAUUUGGGUUGUCUGGAGCUGCUAAAAGCCCCUCAUGGUGCAGUCAGUGCCUCUACAGGUAGAGCCUGAACAGGAGAAAAGGAAGCUCUGCAGGCAAGUGCAUGGUCCAGACAUUCCUUAGCAGGCAAAGCUCCAAGGCCUUUGAGGUUUCUUAGGGACAUGUGAGGGAGGUAGGACUGCAUGGGCACAUGAUGCCCUGUCACCCUGAGCCAGGGCAAAUCACUGGGAAAGCCAGUGUGGCAAAGCCCCCCUCACCAUCUGCCAUCACAGGCUCUGGCUGGGACAUCCCUGCCUGCAGAAACUGCAGAGAGCUUCUUUGAUGAUCCAUGCUUAAACUCCUGUGCAGCAUCUUCUUUUCUUGGAAUGAUCACUACCUAAGGAAUCCUCUGCACUCCAGGUGUGAAUAACUGCAGGCUGUGAUGCAUUCAGCGGAUGAAUGGUGUAAAUAACAUUUUCACUUCAGCUGAAGUCAGAGUCAUGACCCCCAUCCUCACCUGGCAUUGAGCAGAGCAGGUUUACACCUCACCUCCCUCUCAUCUUUUCUGUGGAGCCCCUAAAUGAUAUCCCCUCCUUCCUCCCACGCCUGCACAGUUCAGUUUGCUGACUGCUUUGAGAAACUUUGUUAUUUUUGGUCUUGUGAAAAUAAUGUUUCUAAUAUCCUGGCCUUUAAAAUAUUUCUGUGGGACCGGA